GAUCAAAGAUGGCGGGAGCCUCCGACCCACUGGAGGACAUGCUCUUCACUGAGGUGGACGAGAAGGCGGUCAGCGACUUGGUGGGCUCCCUGGAGUCCCAGCUCGGCGACAGAAAGGCUCCCGCUGCUUCAUUUACCGACGGGAAACGGGAGACGGGCCCGGCCGGAGCGAGCCAGUUCUCAGGGAAAGUGCGAGAGCGAGUGGGGUCUUCGGAGCAGCCGCCGCAGCCGCAACAAGGGCAUCCGAAAGCGGGCUCAAACCGGGAGCCGUCCGCCGCUGCUGCCGACGGGCCUGCUGCGUCCGGGGGCGCGCUCGCCGCCUCUACUGCCGCUGGAACCGCCGGAGUCUCGGCUAUUUCCGUGGCCCCUCAGCCCUCUGCUCCUGCGCCCUUCCACCCUGCUGCGGUCCCUACCUCCUCCCUGGCUCCUACCCCAGCCUCCCCUGGCCUCCAAAGCCUAAACGGUGCCCCUGGAUCAGUCAAACUCCUCUCCUCUCCCUCCCUACCAUCUACACAACAACCAGGAACUGUUAUUAACGCCGUCAGUGGUUCUACUAUCAUGGCUUCUCAAUUCACCGGUCAAUCUUCUCCGACUGUCGCUUUACAGAGGCAUCCAAGCCCUGUCCCGAAUCAAAAUGGAGUUGAUCCGAAAAGCGCACCCUCUCCAAACACAUCAACAGCUCAAGUUUUGAACCACACAAACCAGCUAAUCCACAACAAAAUAAUGCCCCAACCUCAACCUGUGUCUGGGAAUAGCGUUAUCCUAGCCAACACGCCCCCAUUGACUACGCAGAUAGCCCAAACAGGAGCAACAGGAGGUGUAAAACCAGCGGUGAAUGGAUUGGCGCAGCCCGCUGUAGCAGUGGUGAGACCUCCAGGAGCUAGCACUGGUGUGGCGGCGACGGGUGUCCAGCCACAGAGGCCUACGCUGGGGGUAACCACAGCCACGACCAGGGCCCCGGCUCCACAAGCGCCAAUAGCAGUGAGGCCGCAACAGCAAACUACCAUCCAGCUACCACCGGGGUUCACUAUGCCACCAGGGAUGGUGUUGGUGCGCACAGAGACUGGUCAGCUGGUCAUGGUUCCUCAGCAGGUCCUGGCUCAGGCUCAGGCCAAAACUCAACAGAAUCAAACCGUCAACCUCCAGAGACCUGCCACUCCUACGGCAGCAGGGGGCACUAUACGGGUCAGCACACCCACAUCGGCUCCUGGAACUCCCACUGUGCGACUGGCCUCUCCUCAGACCAGAAUGACUCAACCAGCCUCCAGCACAGUGCAGAAGGCACUCAGUGCUGCCCCUGGAGGCUCUGCAGUGUCGGUGAAGAUGUCCACCCCACAGAAGCCCCCUACAGUGAUCACAGCCGGAGGGACCGUCCUGAACAAAACCAGUCCAAGUCCCAGCGCAGCGGUCACUGCUCCGGCUCGGGUCAAUGUCGUCUCACAGGAAAUGCAGGAAAAUGUGAAAAAAUGCAAGAACUUUUUGGCGACGCUGAUCAAAUUGGCGUCUCACAACUCUCCGUCUCCAGAUACCUCCAAGAACGUCAAAGGCCUGGUGCAGGACCUGCUCGACGCUAAGAUUGAACCAGAGGAAUUCACGACUCGGCUUCAAGCUGAGCUCAAGUCCUCCCCACAGCCCUACCUCAUCCCCUUCCUCAAAAAAAGUCUCCCCGCGCUUCGUCAGUCCCUGUUGAGUAAUCAACAGUCUCUGAUGCCAGUCCCCAGCACCGCAGCAGCAGCACCCCCUGUGGUCACUACCAGCACCAUCAGACCUCCGCUGCCCAUCAGCCCAGCCACUAGUGCGGUCCGGCUUGGCUCGCCAAUGGGGAACGCCACUACACUGGCUGUGGCACGACCAGGCGUCCAAACGGUGACCAGACCUGUAGUAAUCAGCCAGAACCUCAGACCACAAGGUACAUUGAUACGAGGGCCGGCCACCAUUUUAGGCAAGAGUCCGAUCAUGGCAGCUCAAGCCAAUCAGAAGAAGCUUAGUGACCCAGGGGGCGGGACUUUCAGAGAUGACGAUGACAUUAAUGACGUGGCUUCGAUGGCGGGAGUGAAUUUAAACGAAGAGAACGCUCGUAUCCUAGCGACCAGCUCGGAGCUCGUGGGAACAAUGAUCCGGUCCUGUAAAGACGAAGCUUUCCUGCCCCCAGGAAUGCUGCAUCGGCGCAUCCUCGACAUAGCUAAAAGGUCCGGUGUAUCGGAGGUCCCGGUGGAUGUUGUUAACCUGAUUUCUCACGCCACUCAGUCCAGACUCCGCACGCUGUUGGAGAAAGUGUCUGUGGUCGCUCAGCAUCGAACAGACGGAGGGAAGGACGAGGAUAACUAUGAGCAGACAUCAGACGUGCGUUCACAGCUCAGGUUUUUUGAGCAGCUUGAGAGAAUGGAGAAACAGAGGAAAGACGAACAGGAGAGAGAGAUCCUGCUCAAGGCGGCAAAGAGUCGAGCGAGACAAGAGGACCCUGAACAGGCUCGGCUCAAACAGAAAGCAAAAGAGAUGCAGCAACAGGAGCUGGCUCAGAUGAGGCAGAGAGACGCCAACCUCACGGCUCUCGCUGCCAUCGGACCUCGAAAGAAACGCAAGCUCGACUCACCAGGGGGCGCUACAGCAGGACCAGAGUCUGCGAGCGGCUCCGGCCUCUCCUUGUCUCCGGCUUCGUCUCGGCAGCAGCUGCGACAGAGAAUCACUCGGGUCAAUCUCAGGGACUUUAUCUUCUGUCUGGAGCAGGAACGAACCACCGCGCGGUCGCUAAUGCUCUACAAGGCCCUGCUCAAGUGAAGCUAACUGCUAACUCUUGCUAGGCUAAUUCUAACAACAGACGGUGUCCCACAAGGAAUCGCACUGGGCCCCAUGCAGUUUUCACCAUAGGAUAUUUCAAGUUUUAAGGAUUUUUGGACAAUUUUCAUCAUGUUUUGGAAUUCAACCUUCCCCCUGUUCAUGACUGCGGAACUACAGCAAUCUUCAAAUCAAGUUUUUUUUUUUUUUUUUUUUUUUUUUUUUAUGAAAGUAAAAUUUGUGCUUCUUAUAAAUUAUUUCAGAUUUGACAGUAUUCAAAAAUGAGAAUAUAUUAUGACCAAUACCAAUACGGUUUUAAAAAUGUGUGUACAAUUUUCAAGUUUUAAGUAAAUAGAGCUGCAGAACUGGGCUGGGAGGGUACUUAGUGACUUAUAAAAUUUGGUUCAGUAUUGUGUCUUCUAUAUAACCAGUGUAAACAAUUCAGUGUUUGAGUAAAAAUGAAGUUUAUAGUUAAGAAAUACAUGUUGGGAGAAAUUGUAUCUAAAACAUAAAUUGACACAAAAGCAAAGUUAAUUAAAAUUUCAACUUAUGAUUUUGAAAAAUGUGAACUGAACAUUAUUGCAACAACUGUAUGGAAAGACUCACUCAUCCUGGUUUAAUCCUGAUUUAGUCUAGUCCAGGUUUACUUCUGGUUUUAGUCCUAAUUUGGUCCACAUUUAAAUAUUCUGAAAAAUGAAUACCAUACCACUUUUAGAUUUCAUUGUCCAAAUCUCGCUGUAAAAAUUCUAAUUGCAUUUUAACCUUGGUCAUAAUAUUUUCUCAGCUAAUUCAAACCUGAUAAAAUUAAAUACCUUUUUUUUUCUUUGGUUUUCCUUCAGGUCAUUAGUCAUUUACAGACGUAUUCAAUACCUGUCAUAUUUACAUGUUGGUGUUUUUAACUUAAUGAUGUCUACUGUACCAACAUGGAGAAAUUCUGGGGUUUUGUAAUUUGAUCAAAGAAGUGUUGAAGUGGGAUGUUAAAAUUUGAACUGUUUUUGAGGGAAACAUUGGAAGAUUUUUAAGUGCCAUCUUUUUUUUUUUUCUUUUUUUUUUUUUUUUUUUUUUUUUUUUUUGGGGGGGGGGGGGUCUAAAUAUUGAAUGUUUGGUACAGGACAUCUUUUACAAACGUAACAUGUUGAAGGAAGAGUUUGAUUUAAUUUGGAAAAUUCUAAAUUGCUAAUUUCUCUAUUUAUAUUAUAGCUCUAUAUUUGAAUGGAAUUACGUAAUUUAUAGAUUUAAACAUUUUAAUUGAGAUUAAUUGCCUUAUUUUGAUGGAUUUCUCCCUUGACUCCUAUUGUACUGUUUAGUUUUUGCCAAAUGUUUCUUCAAAAAUAUAAAAAAAACAAGUGAUUGCACCGAAUUUUAGAAGAAAUAUAAAUGGGUAAUGUAUUUAAAUUAGAAAUGUGCAUGGUUAAUCGUGACUACUAUGGCAAGCUACAUCUAUUAUAAUAUUCACAUUUCAAAUUCCAAACAUCAGUUUCAACAAAAACUCUUAACUCUGCAGUGAUGUCACACUGGGGGUGUUGUGCCUGUAUGCCUAUGGUGGAAUGUUCAGCAGUUACUAUGGAGACACAAUGCACACAGUAGCAAUAACUACCAGAAGGUUUUAACGUCUCCAAGAAAAAAUACAAAAUGGGUUUAACAGCACAUUUUCAGGUGUUCACGGUCCUGUUUAGGAGUUUGAUUUGGUUAAUGCUUGGCACUGUAAUGUUAUUUGAGAGGGACUUGUUUAACAGCACAAAUCAUCUCACCUGUUGUAGUUCCAGUCAGUUCUUUAAGGUCAGAUUUUAGUCUAACUUGAGUAACAGAGCUUCAGACAGAGCGGAGCCUACAGUUAGCAUCACACCCCCAGGGAAUGUUGAUUACCUCAAGAGCAACGUAUCAAUGGUUAUCCUAGAUGAGAAACCUUUAAACAAAUUAAAAAAUAUUUUCAUAGUUGUUCCAUCAUAUUUUUCCCCAAACCUUUGCUCUAAAAAAUAAGUUGAAAAAAAAACUCAAAACUUCAAACUCUUCCUUCACAUCCGCACUUUCUUUACAGUUUCUCCUUUUGCCGUCAUUUGGAGCUGGUUCUCCUCCAUACCCUUCCACAAUUUUCCCAUUUUAGAAUUACUCAGAAAUUCCUACCAUUAUUCCCCAAACCAUCUCACCUCUGUAACGUUCUCAAAAACUUGUAAUAUUUGAACCUCAUCGUCGUAGAUAAUUAUGCAGUUUUGCUUCCUGGUUUGCUGUUGACAAGUUGUUUUUAGAUUUUAUUUUUCAGAAAGCGUGUGUAAAAUAAUGAAAGGUUUUUAUCGCUUUAAUUGUCUCUCCCUCCUCCUUCGGGCAUUGAUUUGUAUAAUAAUAAUAAUAAUGAGAUCAUAGUAAUACAGUAGGUUUUUUGGGGGGGUUCUGAAGCUGUAGUGUCACCAUGUAACUACCACCUGUCUCAAAAAGGACACGAUUUUUGCGACUAUUUAUAUUUGCUAUGUUCUGUAUUAAAAACAUUUCAGGCAAUGCAAUUUUACAGUUGUUUGUACCUUUGCAAAAAAUAAAUGAAUAAAUUGAUAAAGAUGUAA